AUGGAAAACCUAAUUCAUGAGCCAUCAGGCUUGGAAGACAGGGUUCAUAAUGGCGAUAAUGGGAAGGAUUUGAUCACCGCCGAAGAGCAGUUCUUACAAAAUCAGCAGGAAAAUUACUUACUAGAUCUAUUCCAAAAGAAUAAGCACACACCUAUCCAUGUGUCCCAAGUUGUUCUCAAUGGGGCAGAACAAGUCCGAGAUGAUGUUAUACAGAGUUACCUUUCUGAGACAAUUAAUAAAGCAGAUACUUUUGAACAAUUGUGCAAGUAUUCGGAUUGGUUUCAUUAUAAAAUGGUCGGUAACGGAAUGGUAGAAUCAGUAUCGCAAAGUUUGGAUAGCAGGGGUAGUUAUCCUGUUCAGAUAUCACAAAGGGACUAUGGAAACCUAAAUUUUCCUUCUUCUGGACCAGAAACAUUAUCGGUAAUUGACGUAGUUCCAAUUAUCCAAUUACAUCCAAUAAAAAGAUUCAGUGCGAAAACAGGAACAAACAUUGGUAAUGGGGAAGGUGACGGUUAUAUUCAAUUCCAGUUAAGGAAUAUGUUCAAUGCUGGUGAAAAACUAACGUUUGAUGCUACCAAAGGUACAAAGACACAUUCGUCUUAUUUAUUGAAUUAUUUCCAGCCUUUACAAUCACCAUGGUGGGUUAGUGAUACAACUGUGUUCAAAAACGCACGUCAGUUGGGACAUUGUGAAUUAUUUCUCAGAGGUAUUGCUAGUGGUAUUAAAAGUGGAUACUUGCAUGAUGGCGCCGUAAACCAUGAAUGGCGUUGGGAAAGCUUACUCAGGAGCUGUGACGUGAGAUCCGAUUUUGCAUCGUCCCAUUUACUGUUUUCUGCAGGAGAUGACGUUAAGCAUUCGGUAGUUCACUCAAUAACCAGAGAUACGAGAGAUAAUAUCAUUGCUCCAAGCAGUGGCCAAAUGUGGAAGUUUAUCAACGAAGUGAGCUUAGGGAAAUUUUGGAAGACAAACUUGGAGUACAAUUUCACCAAGAGCUGGUUCAACAGGAACUUUAUAACCAUGAGUUCCACCGUGAAAGCAGGAUAUAUACACAAUUUUCAUGCCAAGACAUAUCCCUUGCACCUCGCUGAUAAAUUCUAUAAUGGAGGGAGUAACGAUGUUAGAAGUUUCCAGUUGAUGGGAUUGGGGCCAAAGGACAUCUAUGAUUAUGUUGGUGGUGACACAUCUCUAUCAUAUGGAUUAAGCCUGUUUAGUCGACUACCCUUUAAGAGGUUUUAUGAUUCAAAUUUCAGACUGCAUUUGUUCUUUAAUGGUGGAAGACUCAUAAACCGUAACAAUGCAAAUACAACAGAUACGCUAAUGCAAAUGCUUUCACAGCACUCAUUGUCGACUGGUUUUGGUUUAGUAUUCAGACAUCCGGUUGCAAGGUUCGAACUUAACUUCACGGUACCAAUUACUGCACAUACAUCCGACGCUACUAGAAAGGGUUUCCAGUAUGGUAUCGGAAUCUCUUUCCUAUAA